UGGUUAAUAUUUGCCAAAAUUGGCUCAUUUUGGAAAAACGUCCUUUGAUUCAAUCCUUUAAGUCAUCACAUGAUGAAAUACAUUUUUAGAUAUUUCUCGAGUCCUCACAUAUUGAUUCAAAUCAAGGGAUAAGGUAUCUAUCAAUCAAUACGAGUGGAAUUACUCAAUAUCCACAAGAAAGAAUCCAACCCUAGAAUACGAUGCAUUCGCAAGUCAAUUUAUGAAAGAGGGAGAAUAAAAAUAUUGUUACCUUAUAAUUAGGAGGCAUAGAAUUCACAACUUUAUUUGCGGACGAAGCUUCGUUGUUACAUGUAACUAUCGUUGAUAUAUGAAUAUCUUUCACUCAACGCAUACACAAUACACUAACCAAAAAGUAAAGAUGUUAAGUUUCCUAAUUUACCUAUUUUAAUCACUUUACUAUCGUAUCGUAUGAGAAAAAGUUUGUGCGACGACUCUUAAUAACAAUAAUAAUAAUAACAUGGCGGAGGCCGAGUUAGACGACGUAGAGUCAUGGCGACUAAACCUCAACUCUUUCCGACUGCCGGAAAAUCGUCCUCCUUCCAUCUCUCGUUUUGGCCGCCUUUUCCGUACACGCAGGAGACAAGGAAAAGUUGCGGAUUAUUACAAAAAACAGGAAAGACUGUUAGAAGGCUUCAACGAAAUGGAAACCAUCAAUGAAACAGGUUUUUUUCCUGGAAGUUUGACUGAGGAUGAGAUGAAGCAGCUUGCAAAAAGUGAGCGACUGGCAAUUAAUAUAUCGAAUGCAGCCAAUGUUGUUCUUUUCCUAGCUAAGAUAUAUACAUCCAUAGAAAGCAGAUCAUUGGCAGUCAUUGCAUCAACAUUGGAUUCACUUCUUGAUCUUUUGUCUGGAUUUAUAUUGUGGUUUACUUCCCAUGCCAUGAGAAAACCAAAUCAAUAUUACUAUCCGAUUGGGAAGAAAAGGAUGCAACCAGUGGGAAUUAUAGUUUUUGCAUCGGUUAUGGCUACAUUAGGACUACAAAUACUGCUGGAGUCUGCUCGUGACCUCAUUACUAAGACGGGGCCUAAAAUGAAUCACACACAAGAAAUGUGGAUGAUCGGGAUUAUGGUCUCAGUAACAGUAGUGAAGUUUUGUCUUAUGGUCUACUGCCGUAGAUUUAAAAAUGAGAUUGUUCGUGCCUAUGCUCAAGAUCAUUUCUUCGAUGUUGUUACAAACUCUAUUGGUCUGGCGACUGCAGUUCUUGCUGUUCGAUUCUUUUGGUGGAUUGAUCCUACCGGUGCCAUAAUUAUUGCUUUGUACACUAUCGGUACAUGGGCAAGAACUGUCAUUGAGAACGUCUGGUCACUGAUCGGAAGGACUGCACCACCAGAGUUCUUAGCCAAGUUAACAUAUCUUAUAUGGAAUCAUAAUGAGGAGAUAAAGCACAUUGACACCGUACGAGCAUACACUUUUGGUACACACUACUUUGCAGAGGUUGACAUUGUGCUGCCGGAAGAUAUGCUUCUGAACCAAGCACAUAACAUCGGUGAGACACUCCAAGAGAAACUCGAGCAGCUACCUGAUGUAGAACGAGCAUUUGUGCACAUCGAUUUUGAGUUCACUCACCGACCAGAGCACAAAGCAAAAGUUUGAGGAUCCUAGAAACAGACUCAAAGUUUAGGAAUUUCAUCAAGUAUUAUCAGAUGAAUUUUUCCAUGUUUAUAGCCUAUUAUGUGUACGGUUUUAUAUAAUAAUAUUAUUUGCUGGAAAAUUCCUUGCCCCAGGGAUCAUCUGCGCAUCUAGUUAUCCUGAUUUCCUGAUAUCUGAUAAUUGCUUCCUUUGGAAGCAAAAGCAAAAUGUGAGAUUUUAUGAUUGUUUUUUACACUUCGUA